AUGGGUCGCAUUCAGGAUGUGGGUUUGGUGACUGCAGGACUGGUGAUCUGGGCUGGUACCUGCUACUACAUUUACAGAUUAACCAAAGGAAGAUCCCAGAGAGUGAGGAAAUUUGCCAGAAAUGGGUCCAGAGUCAAGAUGGAGACUGUGGUUGGGGUACAGAACCAGACCUUUGCCAUGAGUGAAGCCAUGGCUGGGUCAGAGACUGAGACUAGACCCAUGGCCAAGACUGGAGCAGAAACUGGAGCAGAAGGUAGGGUUGGGGCUGAAGUAGAGACUACCACCACUGCUAAAGCCAGACCCAAAGCCAACUCUCAGGCCAAAACAAUGGUUGAGGCAGAGGCAGAGAACCAGUCUGAGGCCAAAAUAGUGGCCACAAUAGUGGGCAUGACAGAGGCAGUGACUCUUAAUGAGGCCCAGGUCAGAGCUGGGGAAGUGGCCAUGAAAGAGGCAGUGACCCAAACUGACUCUGAGGCUGGGAGAGUAGUCAGGAAGGAGGCUGUGACCCAAACUAAGGCUAAAGCUUUGGCACUGGUUGCCAGAGCAGAGACCAAGAGAGAAGUAAUGACCCAGAUGAAAGUGGAAGCUCGUUUACUGGCUGAAAAAGAAGUGAACAAAGUAAUGGUGACACAGAGUGAGACCUUGGGAGUGACCAGGGAAGCGGCCAAGAUGAGUGCCAUAAAUAAGACUGGAAUUAUGGCUCAGACCAAGGCAAGAGUCCUGGAAGAGACUGUGAGUGUGGCCAAAACUCAGUCUGAGGCCAGGCCUGGUAACAUAGUUGAUGCUAAGGGAAAUCCUAAUACCAUGUCCAGGGCAGAAGCUGGAGUGGACAUGAAGUCUUGUGAACCAUCUCAAACUGUGGCCAAGAUCCAGGUUGACAGCAUGCCUGGUGCUGGGGUUGAGGCCAAGGGCAAUCACAAAACCACGUCACAGGCAGAGUCUAGGGCAGACAUGAGGGCCUCUACCCAGCCUCAGAUUAUAGCCAAGACCCAGGGGUCUUUGCUAGGGACAAAGUUUGAUGCUGGGGGUAAAACCAAUGUUGUGUGUAAGGCAGGGACAGGGGCAGAUAUAAGAGUUUCUACACAACCUGAGACUGUGGCCAAGAAACAGGCUGAGGCGAUGUUUGGGGCCAGGGUUGAUCACAGAGGAAAUACCAAUGUCACAUCUAAGGCAAUGACUGGAGCUGACAUGAAGGUUGCUGCUCAACCUCAAGCUGUAGCCAGUACUCAGGCUGAAGCUAUGCCUGAUGCCAGAGUUAAAGGUAGAGGCAAUUCCAAUGCUAUAUCUAAAACAGGGGUCACGGCAAACUUGAGGGCCAAUUCCCAGGCUGAAGCCUUGCCUGAUGCCAGGGUUAAGACCAGAGACAAUCCCAAUGCCAUGUCUAAGAUGGGGGCUGGGACAGACACUGAGCUCUAUACACAGCCUCAGGCUAUGGCCAAUGUCCAGGUUGCUGUGUUGCCUGAUGGCAAGAUUAAGGCUAAAAGGAAUGUCAACACAAUGUUUAAGGAAGGGGGUGGGACAGACACAAAGGCACAAUCUCAGGCUUCAAAUAAGAGCCAGGUUGAGAUUUUACCUGGUACUAGAGGUAAGGCUAGGGGGAAAGCCAAAAGCAAGUGUAAAGCAGAGGUCGGGAUAGAAAUGAAAGCCUGUGAACAGCUUAAGGUUGGGGUCAAGACCCAAGCUGAUGUUUUACCUGAUUUCAGGGUUGAUGGCAGAGAUGAUCCUAAUGCCAUUUCUUGGUCAGAGACUAAGGCAGAACUGAGAGCCUAUGGUCAGCCUCAGACUAUGGCCAAUUCCCAGGGUGAAGCCUUGCCUGGUGUCAAGAAUAAGGUCAAGGGCAAGUCCAAUGCUGUGUCUAAGGCAGGGGCUGGGCCAAAUACAGUGGGCUCUGCCCAACUCCAGUCUGGGACCAAUUCCCAGGGUGAAGACUUGUCUGCUACUAAGAAUAAGGUCAAGGGUAAUCCCAGUGCUGUGUCUAAGGCAGAGGCUAAGGCAGAUGCAAUAGGUUCUGCCCAGCCCCUGGCUGUGGCCAAUUCCCAGGGUGAAGCCUUGCCUUAUACUAAGAACAAGGUCAGGGGCAAUCCCAAUGCUUUGUCUAAAGCAGGGACUGGACCAGAUAUAGUGGGUCAUGUCCAGUCUCAGAUUGUGGCCAAUUCCCAGGGUGAAGUCUUGCCUAACACUAAGAACAAGGUUAGGGGAAAUUCCAAUGCUGUAUCCAAGACAGGGGCUGGGCCAGAUAUAGUGGGAUCUGCCCAGCUCCAGGCUGUGGCCAAUGCCAAGGGUGAAGCCUUGUCUGGUCCUAAGAAUAAGGUCAGAGGCAAUCCUAGUGCUGUGUCUAAGACAGAGGCCAGGGCAGAUGCAAUGGGCUCUGCUCAGCUUCAAACAGAUAUAACCUGUUCUGCCCAGCCCCUGGCUGUGGCCAAUUCCCAGGGUGAAGCCUUGCUUGGUAACAAGAGUAAGGUUAGGGGCAAUACCAAUGCUUUGUCUAAAGCAGAGAAUGGAUCACAUAUAGUGGGUUCUGCCCAGCCGCAUAUUAUGGCUAAUUCCCAGGGUGAAGUUUUGCCUGGUACUAAGAACAAGGUCAAGGGCAAUCCCAGUGCUUUGUCUAAAGCAGGGACUGGGCCAGAUCCAGUGGGCUCUGACCAGCUCCAGACUGUGGCUGAUUCCCAGUAUGAGGCUUUGCCUGGUGUGAAGAACAAGGUCAGCAGUCAUCCCAAUGCCAUGUCUAAGGUAGGGGCCAGAGCAGAUACAACAAGCUUUGCCCAGCCUCAGGCUGAGUCUAAUUCCCAGGGUGAAGCCUUGUCUGGUGCCAGGAGUAAGGUCAAGGGCAAUCCCAAUGCUGUAUCUAAAGCAGAGGCCAGUGCAGAUAUAACAGGUUCUGCCUGGCCCCAGGUGGUGGCCAAUACCCAGAGUGAAGCCUUGUCUGGUAUUAAGAAUAAGGUCAGGGUCAAUUCCAAUGCUGUGUGUAAGGCAGAGGCCAGACCAGAUACAAUGGGCUCUGCCCAGCCUCAAACAGCUGUGGCCAGUUAUCAGGGUGAGGCCUUGCUUGGUGCCAAGAGUAAGGUCAGGGGAAAUACCAAUGCUGAGCCUAAGGUAGAGGCUUGGACACAUAGGAUGGGCUCUGGUCAGCCUCAGUCUGUGGCCCAUUCCCAGAAUAAGAUCUUGCCUGAGGCAAAGGACAAGGCUAUACUGAAGUCUGAGGUAGAAGCCACAGAAGAUGAAGGCUAUGCAAAACCUAAGACUGAAACCAUACUCAUUUCUGAGAGUGGCAGUGGGACAGGCACUCAGGCCUACAGAAAAACUCAGCCUAGGGUCCAUGACUAUUACUGGAAUGGGAUUGGUAUUGAGGAUUGGAUUGCUUCUGAGCGAUGGAUCAAAUUUAGGUUUCAGGCCAGGGAUGGAUACUGGGAGAAUAGCAUGUCCUGGGCUGAUGAUGAGAAUGAAACCAGUCUCGAGUCCUGGAGUGGGGCUAGUGAUAAGUCUGAUAUUAAGUCUUGGGCUGGGGCUAAGGCUGAGAAUGAAGUUGGUUUUCCUUCUUGGGCUGAAGCUGGGGACCAGGCUUGUGGGGGACUCUGGGUUGGGAGUCAGGCCAGUGAAGAGUCCUGGGCUGGGAGCAAGGCCAGUAGGGGAGAUUCUUUGUCAGAGGUUAGGGACAUGGCCAUUGGAGGGUCUUGGAUUGGAGCUCAGAACCAGGCCAGUGUGGGAUCUUGGGCUAGUACUGGGAACCAGGCUAUUGGUGAACCCUGGGCUAGAAGUCAGGCCAGUGCCGUGUCCUGGGCUGGGGAAGAUGCCAUUGGAGGGUCCUGGACUACAGCUGAGGAACAGGCCAGUGGAAGAUCUCAGGAUGGGGCUAGGAUCCAGGCUAAUGGAGGGUCUUGGGCUGAACCUAUAGCUGGGAAUGUGGCUAGCAUUGCGUACUGGGUUGGGGAUAUGGACCAGGCUAGUGAAAGGUACUGGAUUGGGAACAGUAAUCUGUCUGGUGGGUCCAAGCCUAGAUUUGAGGAUCAGGCCAGUGGAAAUGUAUCCUGGGUUGUGGCUGGUGGCCAGUCCAGUGGAGGGUCUAGGCUCGGGCCUGAGGAUCAGUCUGGUAGAAAGUACUGGGCUGACACUGCUGACCAAGCCAGUGGAGGGUCCAGGAUGAGGCCUGCCAGUGGAGGAUUCUUGGUUGGGACUGUGGACCAGGCCAGUGGGGAUUCCUGGGUUGGGACUGGUGAUGAGUCUGGCGGUGAGUCCAAACCUAGAUUUCAGGAUCUGGUAAAUGACGAAGAGUCUUUGGUUAGGGCUGUUGGCCAGGCUGGUAGAGGGCCCAGGUUGGGGCCUCAGGACCAGUCCAGUGGAAGGUCCUGGGCUGACUCUGGGGACCAAGCCAGUGGAGGGUUCCUGGUUGAGGCUGUGGACCAGGGCAAUGGAGGGUCCUGGGCUGUACUUGGUGAUCAGGCCGGUGGUGGGGCAAAGCCUAGAUUUGAAGAGGAGGCAAGUGGAAGAGGGUCUUGGGCUGACAAUGGGGGACAGGCUGGUGGAGGCUCUAGGCUAGGUCCCAGGGACAAGUCAAUUGGAGAUUCCUGGGCUGGCACUGGGGACCAGGCCAGUGAAGAAUCCAGGCCAGGGCCCAAAGAUCAGUCCAAUGGAUGGUUCUGUGCUUGCAGUGGGAGUCAGGCUAAUGCAAGAGGGUCCUGGGGUGGGGGUGGUGGCCAGCCUGUUGGAAGAUCUAGACUAGGGCCCAUGAACCCAUCCAGUGGUGGUUCCUGGGCUGAUACUGGGAGUCGGGUCAGUGGAGGGUCUUGGCCUGGGGCUGGAGAUCCAGCUAGUACCUGUCCCAAACCUGGAUUUGAGGAUCAGGCCAGUGGAGGAGGGUUCUGGUCUGGUGCUAAGGACCAGGUUGUUGGAGGGCCUAAUCCAGGGCAUGCAGACCAGUCUAGUGGUGGAUCCUGGGCUGGCACUAGGAGUCAAGCCAGUGGAAGGUCCUGGGCUGGGUCUGGGGAUCAGGCUGAUAGCUAUUCUGAACCUGGAUUUGAGGACCUGUUCAGUGGAGAAGUCUCCCAGGCUGGCACUGGGGAUCAGGCUAGUGGAAAAUCUUGGCCUGGGUUGAGGCCUGAUAAUGAGGCCAGUAGAGGAUGUAGGCUGGGGUCUGAGGACCAGGCAAGUGGAGGGUCCUGGACUAGGGCUGGUGACCAGACCAGUGGAAGACCGCAGGUUAGUGCUGAGAUGGAGGCCAAAGAAAGAUCCUGGUUUGGGACUAGAGGUGAGACUACUACAGGGUCCUGGGUCAGGAGAAGGGAAGAGGCUGGUAUUGUGUCAAAACUUGGAGGCAAAAAUGAGGCCAGUAUUGAAUCCAGAUCAGGGGCUAAAGAAGAGGCCAAUAUUGGGUCCUGGACCAGAUCUGAAGAGGCAGCCUGUGUGGAUUCCUGUGUGGGGGCUGAGGCUGGGGCUGGGACUGAGGCAGAGGCUAGGAAGGAGUCUUGGCUCUGGGAUGGAGAUGCAGCCACCACAGAGUCUAGGCUUGGGGGUGAGGAAGAGGCUUGCAUGGGAUCCUGGACUUUGUCUGAGGAGGUAGAUGAGGAUGAGCUAAGUAGAGCCUCUAGCCCUGAUAUUGAGGAGAUCAGUUUAAGGUCCUUGUUUUGGGCUGAUAGUGAGAAGAGUAAUGAGUUCAGAUCCAAGAGUGAAAGAGAUGUGUAUUUUGAGUGUGGAGCUGGAGAUAAGGCCAGUGCCAAGGAUAACCUUGAGGUUGUUGGUGGAACUGAUGUAAGGUCUUGGUUCUGGAAUAGUAAUGAGAACAGAAGUGAGGACAAAUCUGCACCUAAAACUAAAGCCAAAAAGUCAGCUGAGUCAAGAGGCACAUAUCCAUCCAUGGUCCCUGGGGCAGGAAUGGGGUCAUGGGCAGGAGCCAUGAUCUGGACGGAAAUGAAAUUUCCAUACCAAAGUGAGUCCUGCUUCCCACCUGAAGAUGAGCUCAGAAAACAGAUCAGGUGUGAGGAGAAAACUCAGCCCUGGACCUGUCGCUGUAAACGUGAAGCUAAUAUGGAUCCACGAGAGCUUGAAAAACUCAUUUGCAUGAUUGAGAUGACUGAAGAUCCUUCUAUUCAUGAAAUAGCCAAUAAUGCUUUAUAUAACAGUCUCGAUUAUUCAUUUUCCCAUGAAGUCAUUCGUAAUGCAGGUAGAAUAUCAAUUAUUGAAAGCUUACUCAAUAAUCCCUAUCCCAGUGUUAGGCAGAAGGCUUUAAAUGCACUGAAUAACAUCUCAGUGGCUGCUGAAAAUCAUAGGAAGGUGAAAACAUACUUAAACCAAGUAUGUGAAGACACAGUUACCUAUCCCUUGAAUUCAAAUGUGCAGCUGUCUGGACUAAGAUUGAUAAAACAUUUGACUAUUAUUAGUGAAUAUCAGCAUAUGGUUACAAAUUAUAUUUCAGAAUUUCUUCGUUUGUUAACUGUGGGAAGUGGAGAAACUAAAGACCAUAUUUUGGGAAUGCUUUUGAAUUUCUCUAAAAAUCCAUCUAUGACAAAAGACUUACUCAUUGCCAAUGCACCAACAUCACUGAUUAAUAUCUUUAACAAGAAAGAGACAAAAGAGAAUAUUCUUAAAGCUCUUUCACUAUUUGAAAAUAUAAAUUACCAUUUUAAAAGAAGAGCAAAAGUAUUUACCCAGGACAAGUUCAGUAAAAACUCCCUUUAUUUCAUAUUCCAACGACCCAAAGCAUGUGCCAAGAAACUUCGAGUCUUAGCAGCAGAAUACAGUGACCCUGAGGUGAAAGAAAGAGUUGAGCUAUUAUUAAACAAACUCUGAUUAGUUAUAUGUUUCCAAACAAAUCUGAGUAAUGUUUUGGUUUUGCAGCCUGGAGGUAAUGCACAUUGUAAAUUGCAUCAUAACUUCGAAACUGAUGUUACUUAUGAUGGUCUAUAGCUGGAUCACUUUAUGAACACCAAAUGAAUUCAAACUUGUACUGAAAAUAUAUGUGUUGAUUAUUACCUUGUCUGGAUCAAGAUAUUUUUAGUAUGCUUCAUGAGCAGAAACUGACCUGAUUCUUCAUAACUAAGGUAAUUUUUGGUCCUUUGUGUGGACUUAUGUUUAUACAUUUGAGGCUUUAUUUUUUAUGUUAUCAAUAAAGUUGUGUGUUUUA